AAACGCGUUUUGGGUGCACGGAUUGAAUCUGGCGGCUGCUUGCUUUCCGUAGUGUGACGCGCUUGCUGUUGGCGGGCACUUUUGUAAACAUCAACAGAAGACCAUGGAGGAGUCAGAGAAGAGCUGUGAAUCUGUCUCGACUAAGAGCAGUGUGGAUAGAGAUGACUCGGUCAGGUCAUCGCAAUCUAAACCGAGACUCAAGCUCUUCAGUAAAGUGAUAGAGAAGAGUCUGCGGUGGCUGCUGGACAACGCCAGUUUCGACAGGUUUUCCCACUGUUUCCAGCCUCUGUCAAAGCAGAAUCCCCAGCUGACUGAAGCCAUGCACAGACAGUUCAUCACCCAGCUGCAGACUUUAGUUCAGAGUGAAAUCUCCUCUGUGAUUGAGGAGGGCGAGCUGCAGGCGAGGUUUGAAGAGCUGGACAGACUGGAGGAGCGCGCUAAAGACACGCACCCGGCUGCUUGGCGUCCGAGCGGCGUUCCGGAGCAGGAUGUGUGCAGUGGUUUAGUGUCGUAUUAUAAGAAGCAGGAGGAGUACAUGCGGCUUCAGCUGAAGAAGCUCCAGAAGGAGAACGCAGGUCUUGCUCAGAAGGUGCAGGCCGGCCGAGAGAGCAUCACACACACCGAGCAGCGCAUCGCCGCCGGAGUGGAAGAAUGGAGGGCAUCACUGGAAGAUCUGGAAGCUGUGGUCUCGACUCUCUCCUCAUCUGAACACUUCGGGUCUCUCUAACAUCCUCGCUCAUUUCUUGGAUUUAGUGACGCCUGGAUAUAAUUUUAUUGUGCAUCUGCAAGGUUUAUUUUGUGUUAUAAUACGUCAUUAAUAUGUGUACUCUGUUCAUUAAACAGCUCUUGCACUUUU